GUCAUUUGGGAUUUAAAUCACCGCUGAAGGGUCAGGAUACAGUGAAAUCCCCUUUGUCCCAAAUGAGUUUGUUAAAGUGAGACUCCAGCAUGGAUGUGAUCAGCGUCAGUGCUGAGAAGUGGUGAAAGAGUGAGGACCUUGGCUAAGCCCAGGCACAGGGCUCUGAGAGUCUGUCCUUAGCAGGGGAGGGUUCUUUCACAGCAUUACAUCUACAUUAGAAAACGUGCUCAGUAAACACAUCCGAGACUGACUCAAGCAAGGGGCUGACAUCUUUCUGGAGCUGUCAUAAACUUCCAUCAUGAGACCUUGUCUAGCAACUUCCAUUCAGUGGGACAUAUGCACAGUCCUUGCAUUGAUAUUCCUUAAUGUUCAGGCAUUUCCACAGACAGAGAUAAAACUCAGUCAAGCAUUCACGGAUAUAAGUCAGCCUUUCACCUGCCCACUGUUUUGGACUGAGUAUAAUAGCAAUUGCUACAGGUUCUUCCCAAUGAAUAAAACAUGGGCAGAAGCAGAUUUUUACUGCUCAGAGUUCUCACUUGGAAGGACAACCGCUAAAUUAGUUUCUAUCCACAGUUGGGAUGAAAAUGUCUUUGUCUUUGACCUUGUCAAUAGUCAGGUGACAGGAGUCCCUACAGAUAUAUGGAUAGGAUUAAGCGACAGAAGGCAGGAAGGGGAGUUUGAAUGGACAGAUGGGACACUCAAUGAUUAUAAUUACUGGGAUGGAAACCAACCAGAUGAUGCGACCAACUCCAGUCCUGAAGAUGAGGACUGUGUACAGAUGUGGUACCGAUACUACAGUGCGUUGCGCUCCUGGAAUGACAACAGCUGCAAUCGUGAGUUCCCUUUUGUCUGCAAGAUACCUUCCCUGACCAACAUGUGAUUGUUCUUCUUGCUGUCACAGAAUCCAAAAAACCUUUGACUGUUCAUGGACGAUUGGCAGAAGCACAAUAUGACCAAUAUGAUUAAAGAAGCACAAUAUGACCUUGAGUCUAUAACCAAAGUUGACCGUCAAUAAAAAUCUUACAUAAUGGAUGAGCCUGAACUGCACACAUAGCAGACUAUUGAUCUAGUCACAGUGGAUGGAAUCGCUUUUUGUCAGUACAAGUGCAAGACAAUAAAGGACAUUCCUAAUUUA